UAAGGUUACCGAAUCCACCAACGGCUUUAUUCGGCAGUCUCUUGGGGUUAAUCUUUCACCAAAAAAAGAAAUACAUUGCAUCUCCGACAAGCAACCAGAACGUGCCUAACCACAUUGCUUCAAGGCACGUUCUGACCCUUUUUUAACAAAACAUACCAUCAUGAUGUGAACGAUAUGAAAAUCAGAUAAACAGCCCAGGUUUAACUUGCCACAAUGUUCAGUGUAGGAAAAGUUAUGACUCUAUCAAGGCUUUCCAUAAUACUCUUUUACAGCACCUGAAACCAAUUUUACAAAUCAAUAUUUUUUCGAUUCUUAUUCAUGCCAUCGAUGAACUGCACAAAAGUGAUCGUUUUCUGCUAAUCGCACUUCAAGCCGUGGGGUCUUCACACUUGAUAUAAUCCUUCCCACCCGAUGCAGUCACCGCUACAAGUUAAUAAGAUACUCAGCGCUACGGUAUCUUUUGUUGACUUACAAUUGAUAAGCAUCGAUAUAAAUAGCUGCGUCGGCCGUUUUCGCGGUGCUAGAUUUGCUACAACUUUUAGAAAUGAAAAACCUGCAGCUACGAGCCAUCAUUGCGCUGGUAAUACUGUGCAUCCAACAGGCACAAUCUCUCCAGUGCUACGUGUGUCUAAGUGCGGUGAGCUUUGACGACUGCUCCACCAAAGCCCAGAAAGUUGACUGUGACUCACCGCCGCCCGAUCUGCCGUUCCCGUUCACCACGCCAACGUCUAGAAAUGGCAACUUCGCGUGCGGAAAGGGCAGUGGAUCCGGUCCGGGAGGGCAGGUCUUUAUGAAAUCGUGCAUUCCCAAAAUGACCGAGACAGAGUUCUGCGCCUUGCUAACGGCGGAAGUGGAGGCGGACGGCAAAGUGGACGUAUGUAAAGUGUGCAACGACAAUCUAUGUAACGCGAGCAGUGUGCGAAUGUUGACCGGUGCUUUGCUGCUGUUGACCGUUGGUCUAAUUUUUCGCACGUAGCUAGGGGCGAUUGUGUAACGGCCGCAUAUGAGCCGUACUACAGUCGGUGAGACUGAAAAUAGACUGCUAAUUCAUUCAUUUACU